UAGACUGAGAGUGUAGUGUUGCAUUUCUUCUCAAAUGAAGUCUUUGUAUUGAUUUGUCGUUCACAUCUUUCUGUCAACAUAUUUGAGUUUCUCAUGAUGAUGUUUUGAACUUCUCAAGGUGCGAUGCAGAAUGCGACAUUAUGUGGUGAUGUGUAUGAGUGAAUUUGUAUAAGAGAAAAAAAAAAAAAUAGAGAGAGAGGGAACAGCCUUCCAGUGGCUCCUUCUUUGUGUCAGUUCACCUUACACUUGUUGCGCUAUACAUUGUGGAAGUGCCAUGUAAUGGGUAUUGAGAUAAGAAUAAACUAAUAAGUGUAUUGCAUCAAAUCAGGUUGUGCAUAUGUUAAAUGCACAGAUGAAUGCUUUCGUUUUUUCAGCGAUUAUUGUGCUUCAAGUGAAUGGGAAAAAUACGUUUUAAUUGAAGGAUGACUGAACCAGCAGGUGGCUCGGAUAAAAGUUUUGGCACUGAUGUUGCUGGAAAUGCAGUAUCAGGGAGAUCAGAAAAAUCUGCUACGUUGGCAAACCUGAAAGCAUUGUUCCAGCACCAGUUUGAUAAUGAGAUCAUUACUUGUGUAGCUGCAAGUUUUGGAUGGAAUGAAUGGAGAUCAACUAAAGCGCUGAAAAUGUUGGCUGGGAAUCAGUCAGAAGGAGUGGAAUUGGGAAUGGAUCCUUUACUACACAACAAAAGCGAGUCACCAGUAUCCAGCAGCCACAAUGAAGAAAUAAAGCCCAGCAGUAAAAAUGGAUUUGCAAGUAAUGGAAACACACAGGAGGUCCAGCAGCAUACGCCUGGAGAAACAAGUCCAAGAACUGCCACAGAAACAAACAUACAAACAGAGGAAUUUGUCUCUCCUGAAAUGAAAACUGAUAACAGGGAUAAAUCUGCAGUUAAAGGAUUUACUUGUGCAAGUAUAGAUGUGGAAAUGGCAACAAGAGCAUAUUCUACAAUGAGUAUGAAAACAAAUUCACCAGACAGCACUGAUACUUAUUCUCAAAUAAAGAUUGAAACAGAAGCAUGUGGAAGUGUAGGCAAUGAAAUUAAAUCAGGAACAGAUCCUAAAAUAAACAUAAAACAUGAAAAACCAAACUUCAUGAAUUGUUCUCCUCAGAUAAUGGUGGGAUGUGAACAUACACCUAAAGAUGAACAAGGGAAGUGUGCAUUUUGUAAGUUUGAACAGUUGCUCCCAGGAGAAGAAAGUAAGAACAGCGAUCUAGAUAAUUAUAUGAUGUGUGAGCUUGAGGCUGACGUCCAAAACAGGAAUUUAUCCACGUCAUCCUGCCUCUCCGAGGAAAAUCUACAAAAGGAAAACUGCUUUUCCAAAAAUGUUUGUCAGGUUGAAUGUGGUAAUGGUGACUGUGGGUACCAGGCAGCAAAUUGUGCAGAAUAUGUUAGAGAGGGAGAGACACCAUUAAAUAAAAGUACUGAAAGUGAGAAUUCAGUAAACAACUGCAGACAGCUUGAGGUUACUGAUGUGUUUAAAAACCGGGAAGAUUCUUACUGUGUCUCCAACAUUGGUGAAAUGUCUUCAGUUAGUGGAGGAGAAGUGCAUACAAAUGCCAAAGAGGUCACCAGUGCACCAUUUGAAGUUAGUCUAUUGAACAAGGGUGACUAUAAUGACCAGGCAUCAUGUUCUACCAGGAUUUCUUCAAGCCCACUGUCAGGCUCUGUACUGCUGUCCAGUGGUUAUGUUGAUGGAAUUGCUGUUGCUGUACCACCAGUAACUGUAGCGUGUGACACCAGAAUUACUUGUGGACAGGACAGUAUAUGUAAUGACAAUGAGGUUGUUAAUCAGGAUGGUGUAUUAGGUGAAUUUGUGACUUUACCUUUCACACAAAAAAAUACACACAGUAAGCAUACAUUUGACCUGGAAAAUAUUGAUAUCAUUCAAGAAAAGACCUCAGAUCAUGUUUGGUCACCAUUGUUAGCUGCUGAAACAAGUGAUGUUAGCGUUGAAGACAAGGAUGCUGAAGAUAAGGUGUCUGGUUGGCUUCGGGACACAGAACAAAGUUACUCUACAGACACUGCAGCAGUAUGUCACACCGUACCAGUAGACGAAGAUCAUGGUGAAGCACUGUGUUCCAGAAAAGUGAUGGAUCGUGUGACUGACCAGAGUUCCAGUGAUGUGACAGAAUCUUCUAUUGCAUCAUUAAGCAGUAGCAACUCCUCUAAAGACGUGCGAGAACAUAAUGGUGUUAGGAAACACACUCGAUGUAGUAAAGUGGACAGACUGGCGAACAUCAUCAUUGAUGGCAAGAAAAUUAUGAUAUUAAUGCGUGGUCUCCCGGGUAGUGGUAAAUCAACUCUAGCUAGGCAUCUAGUACGCUCCACAAUGGGAGAGGAACCUCAUAGGUUCAUCCAUUCUACUGAUAAUUUUUUUACAGUGUGUGGUAAAGGUCGAUACAAAUUUAAUCCCAAAUUUUUGCAUGAGGCACACACGUGGAAUGUAAAGAGAGUUUUGGCAGAUGCUGUGAAAGGCAUCACUCCUAUUAUUGUGGAUAAUACCAACCUGGAGGCAUCUGAAAUGCGACCCUAUGCGACCAUUGCCGUUCGUCAUGGGUACCGCAUCGAAUUUCUUGAACCUAAUACAUACUGGCGCUACUUUGUUGCAGAAUGUGCAAGGAGAAAUACACACGGUGUCCCUAUCCAGCGAGUGGCAGAUAUGAUGCAUCGCUUUGACAGAUCUAUUACGGUAGCCGGUCUUCUUGGUAUGUACCAUUUGCAGCUGGAUGCCUCUGAACUAAUUCAGCCUCAUGUUGUCACUACAAGAAUGCCAAAGCACAGACGUAAAAAACGUAAAAGGAAUAGGUUGAAACGCAAAAUACGAAAAUCACUUUCAGAAGAAAAACUGAUGAUGGAUGGUGAUAACAUUCUAAAUCUGUCAAAAAUCUCAGAUAUCGUAUCAUGUGGUACAUCAUAUGAUUCUAACUGUACAAUAUUUUCCAAUGUUGUUGGUGAGAAAACAAAUGUAUUUUCAAAGGCUGUAGGGGAAACUGAAAGCAGCCUAUUGCAAAAGGGUGAAUCCAUUGUACAUGAAAAUAAUCAAGACUCAGCUUCACCUGGAACAUAUACAGUAGAUGGACUUAGGUCUUUGAAACCUGUAGUUGCUCAUUUGGAAGGCACUGAGGAGAAUGUGGAUAAUCAGCAAGUAGAAAGAGCAGCUGCAGUGACUGAAGACUUGAGUAACCCUGGCCUAGACACAAGAAAAGUUGUUGAUGAUCUUUUAAAUGAAGAAAUCGGACGAGAAUGUAGUGCCUCACCAGAUGAAUAUGUACUUGUGAAAAACAGCGAAUUUAUAUUUCAAAAACCACACAAUAUUCAUAAAUGGCUGUCGGAACGACCACCCUGGGUAGGGAAUGAAAAAAGUAGUACUCUCAGUAACACACUUCCCAGUCAUGUAAAUGAAGAGAAUACUGACAAUGAAUUAUCAAAAACUCUGGAGAACGAUAACAUUCAACUGAAUUUUAAUUUUGAUAGACAAGUUAACAGACUAAUGGAAGCCAUGGAUCAUGAGGAAACUGCAGAGCUGCGAAGUUUGGAUGGUAGAAACUGUGUAAAAACUGAAUUUGAAAAAACAGAACAUGUUAUUGGAGAUGACUGUAAAAGGUGUUCAGUAGAUACUACAUUUCCUGCCCAUCAGAGUUCUGAUACAAGUAACAAAUUUGUGGUUACAGAAAAGUCUAAACAAAACUUCUCUGAAAGUGUGAGCAGACUAGAAAUUGAUGAUAAGAAUGAGGACUCAGCUAAGAAAUCAAGUAAUGGUAACUACAAAAUAUGGAAGUGUGGAGAAAAAUUGGCGAGUGCUGCUCAGCACACUGAGCCCACUGCAGUAAAUGAUCAAACAACAGCAAAUGCUGAGAAUAACUAUGUAUUGUGGGAUUUAGAACAUGGGAAUGUUUGGGGUGGUGAGGACCCGAAACCAAGUGUCAACGUACGCAUCGAGGAAGACCUCUGUCUUCCGAAACCACCUCGUAUUAGUCGUAAGAAACUACCUGUGAAAGAUUUUCUUAAAGAAAGUCUACAUAACUUGUCACAAAAUGCUACACGUCCAGUACAAGAACUAGAUCAGUGGGACACUGUAGAAGAUCCCUUAUCUUCAUGGGAAAAUAGGAAGAAAAACAAUAAUAUGUCCACAGAUGUAAGGAGGAGCGAGGAUCAUUCAAAUGCGUCCUCAAAAGAUUCGCAAGGAAAAUUUGUACCUCAACCACAGAGGUCUUUAGGAUGCUUUUCUCGGUCACGCAAAUCUGCUUCCAGUGUAUCUCAGAGGCAGUCACCGUCGGAAAUUUCAGAUACUGCACAUAAAAUACGAGAUAUGCGACCUCCGAGAUCAUUAUCUGCUGCAGGUAAUUAUGCUGUAAAUGACAGGUCUAACUGGUCUAAAUAUUGUUCUUCUAUAGAACCCACAGCUUGGAAAUCAGAGCAGAAUUUAACACCUGAAACAAUAUUGCAUCAGUGUAAAGCUUGUCCAGGUACUUUUGAAGUAACAGAUGGAAAGACAUUGGUCAAAGAUUCAAUAUAUACAGAUUGUGUAACAAAUACACAUUACUCAGAUUUUUUACUGUUGCAGCAAGUUAACAGCAGUAAAGAGAUUCCCAGUGAUGUCAAAAUAAUAGUUGGAAGUUGUUAUGCACCCAUCACAGACAAAGGCAGUGCUGUAGUGCAGCCUGCAAUGUCUCCCCAUCUGCGCCAAAGUGGGAAGUCAGUAUUUGACAAAAGUUCCAUGACAGAACAUGAAGAAAAUUUUACAAAGUUCUCUGAAACUGAAUUUAAAGAACUGCUUAGAGCUUUUCCUGCCGUCCCCAUACCUCACUUACAAGAGAUAUUUCAGAAAUGCAAUAGGGAUAUAAACUGGACUGUUGAUGUGCUAUUGGAGCUAGAUUAUAAGGGAGUAGAAGAGUCCCCUGGGAUAGAGAUGGCCUUGGAGCCAUGUACUCUUAAGAUUUCAGAUAAAUCUGAAAACGACCUUCAAAUUGGUGUUUUACCAUCAGUGGUGACAGAAAAAACUGAUCAACAGUCUUCAUACUCAAAUACAAGGCACACAUCUGAAGAAUGUUGGCAGCCAUCUGAAUUAAAAAGUUGGCAGUAUGAAAAAGAAACUGAUAAGACAAAUGCUACACCGACACGGCUCUCUCCCAGCAGAACCAUUCGAAAAGAUAAAAAUAUUUCACCCACAGCAAAAGAGCUGAAAGAGCAUAUUGAACAAAAUAUAGUGCUAAAUAAGAACUGCUAUUCAGAACACACACUGAGAAUUAGGAAAAUGAGGCACGGGGAAUUAUUAGACAUGGGUGAGGUAACUACUAGUUCGAAUAAAAACAAUGACACCAUCUUGCAGAUUGAGGAUUGUGAUGAGGUCUCAGCUUCUCAUGGAGUAAUUGGAUCCUCAGCCAAACAGAAUAUUCUGGAACUGACUGCUUCAGGUGCCAUGUUAUACCCAGAGAAUGCUGUUACUGAUGCAGUUGUUGAGCAUAAUAAUCAGAAUAGUGACAUUUCUUCUACAAACGGUGAUGAGGCAACAGGAAUUUCUGACAGUGAAGCUUUUGUUGACAUAAAACUUGGGGAAGAAUUUGUGUCACAACUUCAUGAGCUAUUUGGGAAGUCAUCUUAUACAACAGUAUGUGAAACUUCUGCAACAGUGAAGCUCCCUCUCUGCCUGGCACUUCAGAUCCACUACUAUCUUAUGAAGCAUGAAGAAGAACAGAUUAAACAACAGCAGGAUGUUAUGAUUAAAGAAGAUGAGGAACUUGCAAGGAAAAUACAAGAAAGCUAUGGAAGGCGUUCUAAAGAUGAAAAGGUCCCAGAUCUUCGAGAAAUUAUGGAUAUGGAGAUGGCAUUGGCGUUGUAUAAAGCUGACCAGACAUUUUCUCAUCAUGAAACAAAGGAAACAUUGGCGAUAAAGUUAUCUAAAAAAAUUUUAUGUGAAAUGUUCCCAACGUUCCGUAAAGAGGCAAUUCUCGAUGUAUUCAGUUCUACGGGUAACUCUUUUGAUAACACACUGGCUGUACUUAUAGCUUCCACAAGUGAAGAAGAAGCAAAGGUUGCAAUGAGCCCAGAAGCUCUUUCUGAACAUCGUAGCCAAUUGAUAGAAGCUGCAGAAGAAACUGUGAAGAGAGGUGUUGAGACCACCAGUCCCUUAGAAGAUUUUGAUGACAUUACAGCUGAUGGAAGAGGCAGUAAUGUGUUGUAUAUUGUUGAAAGAUACAGAGAACAAGCUGCACAUCAUUACAGGAGGAGAAGUGAAUACCAUAUGAAAGCACAGGAAGCUUUCCAAAAAGGAAUGCCUUCAGUGGCUCAUUAUUAUUCACAGUUGGCCCGACUCCACAAAACUCACGCACAAGAAGCGAGUUGCCGUGCAGCGACAGCAAUUAGUGCAGCAGCACCAGAUUCUUCCAGCUUAGACUUACACGGGUUGUAUGUACGAGAGGCAGUCUGCCUCUUGGACAGUUUCCUGGAUGCUCACAUUAUGCGACUCAAAGCAAGUGGGCAGUCACGGCGUGUCCUCCAUGUGGUGACUGGUCGUGGUAACAACUCUCGUGGGGGUCAGCCUCGUUUACGCCCUGCCAUUCUGCAGCGUCUCACACAGCGGAGUAUUAAGUAUGAGGAGGUAAAUGAGGGUCUCUUCAGGCUUGUUUUAAGUCGUAACAAUGAUAAGCUGAUUUGAGUGACCAAUAAGCCAUGCAGACAUGCUCUCCCAUGUCAACAGAAUAGACUGAAAAUUUAUAAUUAUUGAUUAAGUGGAGAGCGAGUAAAAAGAAAUAUUAGGUGAUGUGUUUUAUUUUAAUGUAUUAGUGUUCUAUGAAUUUCAAGUUUUAGUUGUUUGUAAAAAGGACAUUUUAACACAUGUGUUAUGUAUAAUACUACUAAAAAUGUUCUUGGUCCCAGUAUAUCCCAAUAUUUGGAAUGGAAUAACUAUUUAGCAAGAAUAAACUUAAAUUUACUUUGUGAUGCAAAAAAAGAGACAGCCAGAGUUGCCAACUAAAGUUGAUGUUCAUUUAGUCAGUGACUGAUUUCAGACUACACCCAACCAAUGUUUGCCAAGUAAAAUGUCAGCCCCAAAAUACCCAUAAACAAAUGGAUACCUAUGUGUAUGGCCCCAAGUAAUGUUCUUUAAAGGCAUUAGUUGGGACCGUAUGUAUAUGUACCCCACUUAGUUUACUGCAAUUCUGGAAAGGGCAUUUCACAUGGCAAAACUUGGUGGUUUGAGAAUGGGCAUAGCCUGAAACUGGUCACUGGCUAAAUAAACAUCCAUUUUAGUUGCAAAUAUGGCUCUCUCAUUUUACACUACAAUGUAAAAAUGAGUUGCUGUCCCACCAUACCCAUCAUGCAGAAGUUAGCAUGUAAAUUUACUUUAUUCAAGAAGAAAAGUUAGUUCUCCAAUUGCUCAAACUAUGUUACCAGUUUGCCAGAGAAGUCAUUCUUUCUGCCCCUUUUAUAAACUUCUGACUGAACCAGACUUAAACUCAGUUAUGUACUUCAUUAUACAAUUUUUACAAUUCUAUUUUUACAUGCUAUUAAAAACAUUUGAAAGCCAAAGUGUGGGAAAUGGUAUUAUGAAGAGCUGGUGUUUGAUGAUUUUCUAGCCUAAUCUGUGAAGUCUUUAUCUGUCUUUGGUUUUGAAAUGUCUGUGUGGACAUUAUCUAUGUAAGUGGUAAUGCCACUUGACUGCAUUUCAGUCUCUCUCUUUAAUUCUGCGUGUUCCUUGUCAUGGUCACCAUUUUUUAAAUCUUAGUGGGAGUUGCUAUGGUUCGAUUAGUAGACUGAAGACUUGUCUGAAAAAGGGAUUAUGUGUCUCAUCUCCCAGUGCAUAGAACAAAAAUCAAGAGAAACUGCUUUUGAGACUAUGAUAAAUAUUCAAGAACUCUUUUUGGUAGUGAGCACUCCUUCAUUUAACUGCCAUAAAUAUUGAGGAGUUGAACAAAAAUAACACAGUAGUUCAUGGGCCUUAGGAGAUUGUGGAGUGUGUAGCUCAUGUAAAGUACCAAUAGAAGACAAGUCAGAGAGCAAGAGUAAUGAACUUGGAUUUGCAGUCUCCUGUUAUAUGUCAGCUUGCACUGCUGGAAUGUAAAUCAUAACUAAAAGAGCACUUAAGUCACAUUAAAAUAAAAUUUAAAAUAGCUGUUUCUUUUGAAAAAUUUUCAGACUGAUUGUUAAAUUUAGUUUCUGUUACUACAGUAAUAAGUUGGUAUUAAAUCAAAAUGGAGUAAUUCCUCAGUUGAUUGUUAAUUUUGUAAACUUAAUACUUCCAUAAAUAACUCGGAGCUGUGAGUAAUGAGAAGAUUAUGCAGAAAAUAAAGGGCUGGAGGGGUGAAUCUAUUUCAAAUUAUAUUUACCAUCUACGUCCCCUCUGGUGGUUAUGGCAUUACUAUUAGUUAUUCAUCUGCCAUGCUUAGGAUUUUCCAUCCACUCCUGUCUUCAUCAUAUCAGUACAAGAAAAUGUGGAUGCUCUGUUAUACUAUUAUUUUUCAGUAAUAAUUUAUUACAUAAAGUAUCUGGUCACAUUCCUGAGGACUAAUUUACUCCACAGUUUUCUUCAUUAUGAUCUACUUCUCUCAAUUAAAAUAAUCUACAGCUUUUAAUUACCAUAAAGGUAAUGGGCGUGAUGACGUGUUGCAUGUUGGGUAUUUGCAGUAUUCCCAGUUCUUACAAACUUCGCAUAUGUUGAUCAUUCACUAUUUAAAUAACACCAAAUGCUCUUUGGGAAGCAGAAAUGGAAAUUUUCAUGCAUGGGGUAGGUAGAAAGUCAUUAUUAGCUAUUAAAUCUAAAAGAAAGGCAAACUGUCCACAAAUUUCUAGGCAGAACUCUAGGUAGUUAACAGUACAACAUCAAACAUCUAACAUUCAAAAAAUCCUCCGCAACUCUAUUUGUUAAAUCAUAAGUAGUAAUCAUUUUGUAUGUGAACACUCUUUUGUGUAGCACAUUCUUCAUAUCUGUUCUGUGGAAACUUUUUGAUUUACAUCUCUUGAUUUCUUGACAGAUUCUGAUGUUAUUGUCCUAAACAUCUUGAAACUCUAACAGUUCAAAGCCAUCUUAGUGAAAGCUGUAAAACUAUGCAUUCAUAACAGAACUAUAAAUAUUGUUUUCUGGUAGUAGGGCACAAGUUGUCAUACCACCCUCCAUACUCUUUUAAAAAUUUUGAAUUUUUUAUUAUAGCAAUCAAAAGGUGAAUAUAUUUUCAAAUACUUACAGGUCCUUAAAUUAUAUUAUUGUAUCUCUACCCGUACACAUAACAAAAUGACACUAAUUUCGUAACUGCCUCUACUCUUAUCUUGAUGUCUUUCUCAGAGGUGGCAAGUGGAAUGUAGGUAUGCAUUAUUUGUAUGACUUGUCUUUCCUGACAUGUUACAUGUGUAUAAAAGCAUACUAAACUUUAUGAUUUUUUAACAUAUUGUCACAGUGUUUCACUGAGGUGGUAUCCACCUUUGUACACAACAGUAUUUCUGUGAAAUUUCUAUAUAAUUUGCCAGCAGACAGAAACUUAAGGCUAAUUGCUUUCUGCUUUUAGCAUUGGUACACGUUGUUGCGCUAAUGACAAAUAGUCGUGUGGAAAGUGUAAAUGUGUUCGUGUUUCUCGUAUGCACAAAAUCAGGUAUUGUUAUGUGCAUUAUUUCAGAAUUUAAAGUUAAUGAUGUGAGUGUAUAUAAUCGUAUAUUUCAUGAUAAGUUGGGUAAACUGUACUGUCUAAAUAUUUUUAAUUGGUUCUUACUUUGCAGUCAAAGUUUAAUUGAUAAAUCACUUGUAUCUGCAAGUGGUUACAAAAUUACGCAGUAUUAUUUGCACAUUGCAACAAUGCAUUUAUAUUUAUUGUUUAGAAACAAAAUGGUUAACACAGCCCGAGAGACCUAGUUGCCAAGGGUGCUUCUGUAUUUAUAGUAUUUAAUUGAUGUGAAAGUGUUUCAUCUUCAGCAACUGCAGUCAGUUAUGAAAUAGUAGGCAAAUUCUUCAAAAAAUUGUAAAAUAAAGCAACAUUGAAAUAUUAGUGUAUGGUAUUUAUAUUAUAUAAAUAAGAUAUGGAAGUAAUGUUACCAUUUUGGUGCUAGUGAAAUUAUGAAUUAGUUACUUUAAUAGCUUAAUAUGAAGAGAGGGCAUUCAGUGUACAUGUACAUGUUCAUUUAUUACAGUGUUUUUUUUUAUAUCCUUAAUAUGUUAGGGUAAUAUUAGCAGCAAUAUUAUGAAUCUACUGUGUGUGAUUGUUAUUCUGCAUUAACAGAUACUAGAGUGGGUCAUAUAUAUAAAGCUUUGAAGUGAAAAUUGCUAUACAGUGAUGGCCUGGGAGAUACUUCAUUUUAGACCAACUGGCAGGUGCAAAUCAUAAGUUGUCAUAUAUGACUGUUUUAUAUGUUUAUCAAAUAAAAUAUGAUUUUUUAUUUCA